AUGGCUCCUGGGCUUGGCAAGUACUAUCGAGGGCGUGCCGUGAUUGUUGAUGUCCAGAACGAUUUCAUCACAGGCUCUCUGGGCAGUCCGAGGGCCCCAAAGAUCCUACCCAAGAUCUAUCAGCUCCUAGACAGCCAUGAGUGGCCAUUCAUAGUUGCCUCUCAAGACUGGCAUCCAAUCGACCACGUAUCGUUCGCUGCUACGCACCCGGGCGCAGGCGACUCAAUCAAUAUCACGUUCCUUGACACCAAUAGUAAGAUCGAAACACAGGCCUUGUAUCCAAAUCACUGUGUGCCUGAGACCUGGGGAGCCGAGAUUGAAACUGGCGUGCAAACGCGCCUGCAUUACCUGGAAGGCUUCCGGACGCCUGUGAACUACAUCAAGAAAGCACAGAACCAUUCCGUGGAUUCGUACUCCGCAUUUGGCGACAACCAAUACCACCAGUUUACGACGCUGCAUUCUGAGCUACUGCUUCACAGUAUCGAGACGAUCGUGGUCACGGGUCUGAUCACAAACGCCUGCGUUCGGGGCACGUCUAUUGAUGGUAUCAAAUUCGGAUUCGAGGUGAUUCUGAUCGAGGACGCAACGGAGACGACGUCGGAUGAGGCAAAAGCGAGCGCAAUCGCCGAACUGGAAGGUUGGGCUGUUUCCAAAUAUCUUCUAGCUAUUCCCAUUGAAACGCUUAUCUGA